AUGUCUGAGUACAAGUUCUAUUCAUACAAUGCUCUCGCUACUGCUGUUAAGGGUGAAUUCAUAAAUGGAAAAAACGUGAACGUUAUAUUCAAUAAAAAGUCUGUGAAAGAAUCUAAAUACGGUCAGUUCGUUAAACCAUACGCUAUCAUUAUUGACAGAAAACGUUACACACCACAUGAAAUAGCAGUAUUACUUAAACAAAGAGGAAUAUUUGUAAAUAUCAAAGAUACACACUAUACGAUUAUGAAGAACUCUAACGUUGAAUUUUUCAGCAUCGCCUUAGAUUUAUCACAGCAGAAAGAAUUCAAGAAGGCGCAAGGCGCCGAGAUGGGCUCAAAGAGCCCUCCAGGUGAAGUAGUUGUGAAAUAUUAUCCUUCAUCUCUGAAGACAAUAACGAAUAAAGAUAUAAUCAAUAAGCUCCUACCAGUAAUUGAGGAAGCAACGAUUGAAUAUGAAGAAGAAGGAAGUGAAGUAAUUGAGGAAAUAGACCCUGAAGCUUUAUAA